AAAUAAAACACAGAGAAAAGGUGGACCUCAGUCUUUGGCAACGUUAGGAUCUACUUUUUUAAUUUCUACACCGAGGGAUAGCUCGGUGGAUGUGUCGGGACGGGACGGGAGCCUACGGCAGGCAGGAGAGCAUGUCCGUCGCUACAGCGUGAUAAAACUGUUAAAAAGUGGUCGUAUUAGUAGUUUUUUUUACAAUGGCUGCAGAGUGUACUCAAGAGGCGAUUCUGGGGUUUCUGAAGGACAAAGGGGGCAAAGUGAAAAACACGGAUUUAAUUGAGCAUUUUAAGGCUGUGUUCCCCGAGGAGCCUGAGAAGAGGGCGGCUGUGCGCGAGAGGUUUAAAAACCACGUUGACGACGUUGCUUUCGUAACGGAGAGUGGAGUUAAGUAUGUCUGCCUUAAGAAAAAGUUUCGCUGCUCAGUGAAGGGUGUCAGCAACGGGACGGAUAGGGAGCCAGCUCACCGUUAUUAUCCCGCAGACAGCAGGCGGGUUAGUGGGAAUGACGCAGUGGCGGAUGCGGCCCCGCAAAGCCCCGCCGGCGGUGACGUUCAGCCGCAGGUAACACCUGCCUCAGGUCUCGGAAGUGACAAGCAGGUGACAUUUCCGCAUGGUUUGUCUCCUGCAACCAUUUUGCCGGACAAAACGGAUGACAAAAGUAAGAGUCAUAAGUUUGUUUGUGUAGUUGAGGAGGUGGGCAGCAGCUCAGGUGAGAUGGGGAACAGAGAAAGCUUUCGAAAAGAGAGGAAGGAGUCCAAGAAGGAGCGUGUUGGAAAAGGGCCUGACAUACCAGAAAUUGCAGUGAUUGAAGUUUCGCCUCUCCCUGCAGCGGGACCCGUGUUCACCCUGCCUGGGCCUGUACAAACUGGUAUUACAGGACAGGUAGACGCGGCCACCUCUGGACUCGAUCCCAAAGACCGGCAGGUUGAGACUGAGUCUCAAACAGUAGACGGCCUGAAGGAAGCGGAGCAGAUUAAUGUGGCGACCAGGCGGCGAAACACUAAAGGAUCCAAGCACAGAUUCAGACAGCAGCAGCCAGACGAAGAGAAGGAUGAACGGCAGUUGGAUGAGCGUAGUUUGUCUGGGAGUGAAGGGAACAUCACCCCGAUAAGCAGCCGCAAACACUUCAUCAAGGUCAUGGUGAGCAGAUCCCCCCAGUUGAGGCGGAGCAUGGUGUUACGUAACUCUGUUCACCUGUCCUCCAGGGAUGACAGUGACUCCGUUUCCUUGGCUUCCUCCAACCAGGACGACGACAGGGCCUCAGUCGCUCUGGACCCGCUGGAGCAUGAGUGGAUGGUGUGUGCUUCGGACGGGGAGUGGGGCAGCAUGUACGGCCUCCUCACCCAAGAGCCCAGCCUCGUCCUGAGGAAGGACUUUGUCACCGGUUUUACUUGCCUGCACUGGGCGGCCAAGCACGGCAAGCCUGAGCUGAUAGCCCUGAUCAUCAACUUCGCCAAACAGCACAAUGUUCCCAUCAGCGUUGAUGUUCGAUCCAACACCGGCUACACGCCGCUGCACAUCGCUGCCAUGCACAACCACAUGGAGGUGGUGAAGCUCCUGGUGGGGGCCUACAACACAGAUGUGGAGAUCAGAGACUACAGCGGGAGGAAGGCCUGCCAGUACCUCACUGACAACGUGAGUGUGGACAUACGGGACAUCAUAGGAGCAUACGAGUGUUCUGAGUCAGAGAACGCCGACCCCAGGGAUGGAGGCCGCUGGAGGUUCUCUAAGGUUCUCCAGUCUAACCUGAAGCCGCUCAGGCUCCUCAACCCCAGUAACUGUGACUCUGUGGACGGGGAGCCCCGAGAGAAACCCCUCAGGAGGAAGUCUUCGCUCAGCAGGAUGAAGCCCAAACUGCAGAGGCUUCGCGCGAGGACGUCUCAGAUUGUCCACAGCACGUCGUUCCGUGACUCAGAGGAGCUGGACGGGUCAGCGAAAGGUUCCUUCAAGUCCAGACCCAAGACACAUUUCUUUGGGUGAGAUCGGUACUGACACAGGACAGGAAACGGUGUACAGGGAUGUCGACAGGUACAGAAUUUUUGCAGAAAUGUGGCAAAAGACAAUUUUUUUGUUGCAUUGGAAAAACUGGGUCACAAGAACAAAUCGCAGCUUCUUUUUUUUUUUUUUUUACGGUGCAGCUGAUUCUUUGCGUUGAAUACAGCAUCUCAAAAUGUGUAAAACAAUCAGCAAAUCCUUUUUUCCUUGAUGUCUUCCUAUCGACAGCUAGUAGUCACAUACAUUGAUUUUCAUUUACUCCGGUCAAAGGUUUUAGAACGGCCGCGUCUUUCUAGUUUGUAUGUAAAUAUAAGUCCAGUGAAAAAAACCUUGAUGACGCCAAAGUAAGCAGCAAACCGACAAAGUUAAAAACAACAUUCACACCACCAAAACAGACAUUUUCAGAUAUAAAAUUAACAAAAAUUAAGGAGUUUUGUUCAAUAUUUCACUGUAGGAUCAACUGCUCUGUCUUCCUUUAUGCCUUUCUAGUUGCAAUAUAGUCGGAACAGCUGCAGAAAUUUGUUUUUGCAUCAAGGCAUUUCAAGUUCUUCAUUUACUUCCAUUGCUGCAGAAUAACCAAAGAAGGUAACAACAAAGUUAAGGCUGUGUAAAAACACACUUUGUUUGUACAAUAUUGCUACUAGGAAGGCAGUUAAUGAAGGAAGACAGACCAGGUGUGCAUCUGUUGAUCCUACAGUUAAAUAAUAAACAAACACAUACAUACACAACAAUACAAUUUAAUUGUUAAUUUUAUCUCUGAAAACGUCUCAGUUUUGGUGACAUAACCUUUGUUUUUAACUUUGGCAGUUUGCUGCUUUCCUUUUUUACCAUUUAAAGGUUUUUCUCUGGACUUGAACUACUUAUAUUUCAAUACAAACUAGAAUAAUGGGGCUGUUCUUAAACUGUUGACCGGCAGUGUAAAUGCAAAUAUAUUUGUUUUUAUUUAACCAGAUGAUCUCAUUGAGAUCACCUGGCAGCAUACUGACAGAGCAGAGUUACAGAGUUACCAGACACACCCGCCAAAACCAAAGGACGUUCAAUGACUCUUUAAGAUCUACAAAUAAACACUAAGACUAAUUAAAAGUACAGUUGUUACAUAGGUUUAAAGGAAUUAGUUAUUUUAAAAGCAGUGACAACAAUUUAUAUGCGUUUAGUUCCAAGUCUUUCGUAUGUAAUAAUGGUAGCACAGGCAAAAAUGCAAUUAAGCCUCUUAGCAGCGCACUUAAUUGGUAUUUAUUUUAGUUUUUCCUCUUUCAGGUAGUUUUGUUCAUUCUGAAAAUGCUUUUCCACUACAGAAUCAUCGCAGUGGGAACAUCCCAGUAACAUACUGUGUAUCACUCAUUUAUGGCUCCAUGAUCUAUCACAAAUGCACAUUGUGUUACAAAAGCUAGAUUAGAUGUUAGCACAUACUGUAGAUGGUGACGCGACUGCGGGUCAGCCUGCUUCUCUUUAUCCUCUAAAGCCUCUUGACCUUGAGUCUGUAAUCGUGACCACUGCUGGCAGAUUUCUGUGUCACAAGGGGGUCGUGUGACGCCAGAGCAGUGGCAUUGAGAGAGAGGUUGGUCUUGCUUUUCAUAUUUUACAUGGCCAACAUUUUAAUGGUGACUCAACAUUUGGGGCCAACAGGCGUGUCCUGGAAUUACAAAAGCCAUCUGGAGAGGGUUAAAUCCAGUAAAUCCUCUGGUUAAGAAACCGCACAGCACUGACGUUUACACACGGUUUACUCAACAGGGAUGUUGCAGAACGUACAAUAUUCUGCUUUAAUAAAUGUGUUGCCAGACUGGAAAACAACACGAUCAAAACAACCCCAACCAAGCACAGAAACACUUUGUCCAGUCAUGAAAUGGUACUUAGUAGUAAUCCGGUGACACAGCAGGGUUAUGAAUCACACAUGUAAUCCACAGCAUGCUGCCUCAGGUCAAAACCUGACCCACUGAACAGGCUCUGCAUGUAAAGCUGCGCUAAGGUUCUCACCUGGAGGCCCGAGGAGAUGAAGGUUUAAAUGCUCACAUUUCUUUAUUGAAGGUGCAUUUAAUAAUGGUGUCAUAGGUGCAACCUCAAAAAUACCGUGGAAAAGUUCACUGUGAGCGCCAGAACCAGACUGAGAGAUUAAAGGUUCAGGAAACCUUUGCAGGUGUUUUGAGUUAACUAGCUGAUUAGAGAUCUUCUCAGGUCGACACUUCUGUAUUAUAAAUGAUUUAUUUUAACAUUUUGAGCUACUGGAGUUUUGAUUUCUAUGAGCUGUAAGCCGUAAUCUUCAAAAUUAAAACAAAAAAAAAGGCUUCACUUUAUGUGUAAUGAAGCUAGAAUACAUGAAAAUUGAACUUUUUGAGUUAAAUUACUGAAGAAAAUGAACUUUUCCAUGAUACUCUAAGUUUUUGAGAUGCACCUGAUGGUGUGUAAGGACAGACUGGAUCAGUGGAUCAUCUCGCUUUUUUAAAAUCUGUCCAGUGUUUCCACAUGAGGAAUCCAAGACUGCCUCUCAACCUGUUCAGGGUCUACAAGAAGUAAUUAUACAGCACAGUUCAUUUAUUCCGAUACUGUCUGGACAGAGGAUAUAAUAUCCUUUAAUUUGGCCUGAAAUAAGUGACACUUAAUGUAGUCUCCAGUGGAACCAGGCUAUAUCUUGACCAAUAUAUCAGUAUUGGUGUAUAUGUCAGCUGAUAAGUACAAACAGUACAGUAUAUUUCAGUAGAGAAAUGUCAAAUAUAUAUUAUGUUUGAGGUCAAAACAGUGUUUUCAUUAGAUAGUCUGUCCACCAGAAAAGUAAUUUCAGGGAUGUUUCUGCUCUGUAUUAACUCGAAUAUCGGUUUGAGAUCAAAUUAAAAUUUUCACUUUAAGGUUUAUGUGUAUGUGUAUGUGCCACAGUGUAUGGAAGCCGCUUCCUGCCGAGUAUUUGAAUCAGUCGUAACGCUCGGACUGGCCAAACUAGAAGUAUCUCAUCAUUUUGACAUUAAAAGAUGUGACUUAUUUUCUCACAGUAUUGUGUUUUAGAAUUGACUUUACCAAGUCAUCCUUUUUAGAUACUCAUGAGAAUUCAUAUUUUUAUAUCAUUCCUAACUUUUUAUGUAUUUGUUGAUUUCGGUGUGGCAUUGCGUAGCUUUCUUCUUCAGGUAUUGAGGCCCAUACUAAGCGGUGCUUAAAGGAAAAGCUGGCUGCAUCGCUUUGUAUUUAAGUUGGAAAUUGAUUAAUACAGUGUGACGUUGCUCAUUUCUAUGUAACAAAUCAUCAUAGAUUAUUUUUGUACCUACGAUUUUCCCUGACUCGAUGGCACCUUUUAAUCUUUUUUAUUACAUCUUUGCACAUUUGAACAAAAUCAGCUCUUAGACUUGCACAUUAUAAUCUGGUACAUAACAAAGCUUUGCUUUUAAAGAGCUCAAACAAAAGUGACUGUUUACUUGGGUUACUUGUACUUAUGGGGGCUGUUUCAAUGAUUUGUAUGUUUGAUUACAGAUUUAAUAAAUAACAUUGCACAUCAUUGCACUUGAA